UCGCAACAAAUUAAACAAACUUUUCGUAUUGUCUCCAUCAGCUUCAAAUAUACCACCAAUUACUGAUGUUUCCAUCCCAGAGCCAGUACCAAAUGACAACACUCAUCCUCAGAGAAGACAAAGUGUAAUCCAACGUCGCAGAUCAUCCAGAAUAACCGAACAGAUCUCCUCCUCUGAAAGUGCACCCAAAACAAGAUCUUCAGAUGUAGUGACCGAACCCAGCCAAUUACAACCGCCAGGAACCAGCUCUGCUAGUGACCCAGGAUCUCAACCCUUAACUGCUGCAUCCUCUACAUCACUAACUCCCCAAGGGCCACAGGUGGGAAAAACAAAUUCGCAUCCUCAACCUAAAAUUCCCAGAGCUGAAAUUUUGAGGCAGCAAAAAGAGUACCGCGAGAAUAAUGGCUUGACAGAGAGGGAUAAAAUUAGAUGGCGUAAACGAAAACAUUUUAAAAAGUAUGAAACAAAUCCCCAUAUACAGUGGUAUACUCCUCCUGGGGAAAAUUAUGUUGAUUUGCCAACUCCGUUGGAGUUUUUUCAUAGAUAUAUUCCUCACGAAUUUUUUGAACUGGCAGCUGAAAAAACUAAUAUUUAUGCAGCACAGCAGAGACUUGCUCGCCAGGCUGCUCAAGCACAGCAAGCACCUCAAGCACCUCAGGCUGUUCAAGCACAGCAAGCACCUCAACCUGAUGCGGCCCAACAAGCUGCAGGAGACCAGGAGAAUGAGGAUAAAGAUGAUGAAGAGGUUGUGAGCAGCGAUGAAAAUGACGAGCUUGGAAAUGAGGGAGCUGUCAAUGGUGCGGCUGUUAACAAAAAGCGCAAAGUAAAACCACUGCAAACAAACCCCUCAGAAAUGAAAUCUUUUAUUGGUAUGCAUAUUCUAAUUGGAAAUACUAAUUAUCCAAGAUAUAGAAUGUGCUGGACUCGUGAAUUUAGAAUUGACAGAAUUGCAAAUACCAUGCCUCAAAAUAGGUUCCAAAAAUUGAGGGCCAAUUUUCAUAUUGCUAAUAAUGAAACCGAUCGCGAUCCCCAGGAUCGCUUUUGGAAGGUGAGGCCGCUCUAUACUUUCAUCAGAAAUCGUCGUCUCCAGUUGCCCAUGGACACUGCCCUCAGCGUUGAUGAGCAAAUGGUGCCUUUCAGAGGACAGCUUGAUGUGAAGCAAUAUAUGAAAAAUAAGCCUUGCAAAUUUGGUAUAAAACUUUUCCUCUUAUGCAAUAAAGAGGGUCAGUUCUAUGAUUUUCUCCUCUAUCAGGGCGAAAAAACGGGCAUCAGCCCAGAGUUAUCGCAAUUUGGUGCAGGGGGCUCAACCGUCAUGCAGCUCCAUUCAAGAAUCACAGAGCCCAACCACCAAUUGUACUUCGACAACCAUUUUAGCACCUACCACCUGUUUCAAUGGCUCCUGAACAGAGGAACAUAUGCUGCGGGCACUAUUCGAGUCGACAGGUUUUCUCAGCCUCGCCUAAUGUCCGACACAGCUAUGCGAAAAAAGCGCAGAGGAUUUAUGCAAGAAUCCCUCAGCAAGGAUGGCCAGGUUGUAGUCACCAAAUGGUUCGACAACAAACCUGUAACCCUAGCGUCAAAUUUUGUGGGUAUUGGAAAAACAGAUAAGUGUCAGAGAUGGGACAAGAAAAAUAAGGUUUACAUUGAAGUUAAUCGCCCACAAGUUAUUCAGCUUUACAAUAAUUUUAUGGGAGGUAUUGACCAACUAGACUAUUACAUUUCCUUAUACAGGAUUUACAUAAAAUCAAGGAAGUGGACGCUUCGCAUGAUAGCACAUGGCAUAGAUCUGGCUCUUGCUGGAGCUUUCAUAGAGUACCGUAGAACAGCCAGAGCUCUGAAGAAGCCAGAAAAAGAAAUUUUAGACCUGUUGUCUUUCCGUCAAUAUGUAGCCACUGCCUUGAUCGAAGCUGGAAAAGACACUCCUCGUCGAAAAAGAGGUCGACCCAGCAAACUUCAGGAUCGAAUUGAUGAAAUUGAGCCUGCUGUGAAGCGACCUGCUGCAGAGGUUCGACCUAUUGUAGAUGUUCGGCUUGAUAAUGUUGGUCACCUGGCCAACUUUGAUGAUAAUAAGUAUGGAUCCAGGUGCAAAUAUCCUGGGUGCAAAGGAAAAAGUCGUAUUUUUUGCGUGAAGUGCAAUGUGCAACUCUGCUUGAACGGUGCUAACAACUGUUUUUAUCAGUUUCAUGUCCAGUGAGAGUUUGAACAAACCAAAUUUUUAGUUGGUUACCAAUUGUUAAAUUUAUUUUACUCGUCAGUUUUUGUUGGGGAGAGUCAACAAUGAAAGACUGAUGAUUUGACUAGAGUUUCCUAUAAUUGCUCUUCGCAGUUUUUUCAUAUUUUGUGUUUCCUAGUAUUACCACUUAUUUACUCUUGUAUUGUUUUGUUUUAGACAAUUUAUACCUCCCAGAGUCAAACUCUCAAAGGGUGGUUCGUAAAAACAAAUGGAUCAUUCUUUCACUUUCUUUUUUUGUUAUUUUAGUGAAUUUUUGUGAC